AUGGACGUCCGAGAUCACGGCGCGCGCGGUGACGCCGGAGGUUUUCUCCAUCAAGGAUUGGGGGAGUACCGAAAGCUGCCGACGAAAAAAUACCCGGCGCUCGAGCGACGGGAGACGGCGGAGUGGCGAUACUGGAGGAAUUUCGCGAGCACGACGUUGAGUGAACAGGUGAACGCGGUGACGAGCGUGUCGUACGGUGGAAUGGAGAGUGGAAGAGCGACGCUGGCGACGACGAGCGGAGCGCGGGUGACGCUGCACGCGCCGAGCGGAGCGAGGAAAUUGCGAACGUUCGCGAGGUUUAAGGACGUGGCGUACAGUGGGGUGUUGCGAGAUGAUGGUCGAGCGCUCGCGGUGGGUGGGCAGCAAGGGGUGGUGCAGUUGUUCGAUUGCGGCUCGCGGGCGGUGCUGCGGAAGUUUUCGGCGCACGUCGCCGCCGUUCGAGCGGUGCGAUGGAGCGGAGAUAAGCUCCAUCUCGCCUCGGCGAGCGACGACGCGACGGUGCGAUUAUGGGAUAUUUCUACCGGGAACUGCGUUCGAAGGCACGACGGGCACAAGGAUUACGUGCGAGCGUUGGAGCGGAGUCCGGCGUCUGGGGAAAUUUGGGCGAGCGGGUCGUACGAUCACGCUGUAAAGCUCUGGGACGCUCGAGCGGGACGAGAAGCGGUGAUGACGUUCGAUCACAAGGUUCCGGUAGAAGACAUCGCGUGGUAUCCGAACGGGAACUUGCUCGUGUCCGUGGGUGGCGAGGACGUGUGCGUCUGGGACGUCCUCGGUGGUGGACGACUCCUCCAACGACUGCGAAGUCACCAGAAAACCAUCACCACCGUGCACGUGCACGACGACGCGGGUCCGCCGUCAUUUGCGUCUGGUUUUGAGAUGACCGGUAACAGCGCCAUCGAUGCAAAGGCUCCGCGCAUGAUCACCGGCUCUCUAGAUGGUUUCGUGAAGAUUCACGAGCUCGACACCUUCACGGUGACGCACUCGAUAAAGUACCCGGGACCGGUGCUCUCGUGUUCGCUCUCACCGGACGCGAACUGCCUCGCGACGGGGUUGGCGAACAAAGUUUUAAGCGUGCGACGUCGAAAGACGCCGCGCAAUAAGGAUGAAUCUUCCGGUUACCAAGGCGUUCGGAGCAAGAAGAAGGGAUACACAGUCAAGAAGCCGAGGCGACUAGACGCCGGGCACUGGCGAUACUUCAUUCGUGGACAGAACUCCAAGACCGCGGCAAAUGCGACGCGUGUGCUUCGACAGCGCCGUAUUCAUCUGGCCGCGCACGAUCGAAUGCUUAAACAGUUCAGAUACGGAGACGCCCUGGACGCGGCGCUGCACAUGAGACGCUCAGAGGUCAUCGCCGCCGUCAUCGAAGAAGUAGGUAGACGCGGCGGUCUACAAAAGGCGCUAGCGAACCGCGACGACGAAUCACUGCUCCCAAUUCUAGAGUACAUCGAGAAGAAUAUCGCCAAGCCUCGUCACACCGCGCAGAUGGUGAACAUCGCCAACCGAAUCAUUGAUAUUUACGGCAGCGACGUCGGCGCAAGCGCAACGGUUGAUAACAGCCUUCGACGCAUUCAGGAAAAGGUUAAGACACAACUUCGCCUUCAUGAGUCGCUGAGGCAGUUGCAGGGCAUGGCUCUCAUGAUCACCGGGGCGUGA